AGAGCCAGGUGCAGGACCUAGGUGGGCAGGUCCAUGACCUGGGCCAGCAGGUCAAGACCAUGGAGAGCCAGGUGCAGGGCAUCCUGACCCACGUGCAGCAUAUCACCGCCCUGGCCAGCAGUCUAGACACUGACGCCCCGGAGUGGCUGGAGGAGCAGGAGAUGGCCACGCCAGUGCCCUACACGGCCAAGCUGAUGCGGGAGAAGGCCACAUCAAAGCCCGACAAGGCGAUGCCGGACAAGGAGCGAAUGGGGUUGAGAAUCAGGAAGGACCGCCCCCAGGCCAUGGAGCUGCUCCAGAACGUCAUGGAAGACGUGAAAAUCCUGAAGGAAACCCAUGAAAAGGCCCAGGGAGAGGUGCAGGAGUUCCCAGAGCUGAACCCCCAGAAACUACUACAACGGAUUGAGGAAGUAGAGAGUAAACUCAGAGACCGGGAGGAAUUUCUGGAGCUAUUGACCCGGAAAGUGAGUGCGAUUCCUGAUGUAGAAGAUGCCACCAUGGUCACCUGGGAAGAUCUGGAGCAAGCGAUUGCUGAUGGCUGGAAGACCACACAGGUGGUGAACAAAUGGGGGGAGGGGCCGGGUAGCAGUCUCAGGUGGGGCUCCCCCGAACCUCCCUCUUUUUACUACUGUACACUGUUCCAUUAUGUGGAUGUUUAUCAUUUCACAAUCUCCUAUUAUGGAUAGUUUAAAUGUGUCUUCCCCCCAGUUUCAUAACAGUGCUUCAUGUGACAUUCGCACGAGUGAACAUAUGCGUAGGAUAAAUUCCUAGAAAUGGAACGUGCACUUGUGAUGUGGCUAACUUUGGCCAAAUUGCCUCCCAUGGCUGUGGGUCCAAUUUAGACCCCUCCCCCCAGCAAUGUUGGAGAGAACUCAUUUCUCAGACUACCCUACCAGCAUGACCUGUUGGUACCCAGCUCUUUGAGUUUGGCCGACUGGUUGGAUAAAAAAUGGUACCCGAUUUGCUUUCACAGCUUUUCAAAGUUCUUUUACAGCCUGUCCUGAAAUGCACAAGUCCUUUCACUGUUAGUGGACAGCAGUGACCAACCCUGGAAA